UGUUUCAUGAAAUGCGCACAUACUGUGAGUCAUAUAGGGUAAGUCCUGCCUUGUGUUUACCCAAUCUGCUUCUUUUCCUUCGUCUUCCCGGAGCCGUGAAGGCGUUUAAAAGGGAGCAACAGGCGGGCCGAAGAAAGUCCGCGGAGACUGGAUAUUAACCCGCUGUCAAGGCUUCGGCAAAUUAAUGAGAAAGAGGGCAGCGCACAGUCUAAAUGGAGCUACUUCGGUUUUCCGCUUUUUGGUGUGGAAUGAUACUCUUUGGUAGUAGUCUGCUCGAGGAGGCGGAGGCCUCUAUAAUGAAGAUACAUAAGCUGUGCAAGUUUUGUGAUAUACAGCCAACUAACUGCUCGGGUAAAGGGAACUGUAAGGUGGAGUGUGGCAUUACAUCUAUUUGCCCCCAAGAAGAAGACGUGUGUGUCAGUAUUUGGAGGAAGAAAGAUGGCAACGUCACCUUUGAUACAGUGUGCCACAACCCAGCUGAAAAACUGUACGGCUUAGUCUUAAAGGACUACAACAACAGCGAGUGUGAAAUGAAAGAGCUGAGUGGCAUGGGCUCAAAGUUCUUCAUCUGUUCGUGCUCUGAGGAUGAAUGCAAUGAGCGCGUCUUUUUUGACCCAAGGCCCACGGAACCACAGGUGAUGGCUGUUAUCUUAGUAAGCCUGGUGCCUCUCCUGGUUAUGGCUACCGUGGUCAUCACUUUCUUCUACUUUUACCGUGUGUGCUGCCAGCGCAGUGGCCACUGCGGACACAAGAAAGAUUCUCUGCUGGAAAUCGACCCACUCGUCAUUAUAGAAGAAGACAGCAGCUCCACGCACGCCAACAGCCUCAAUCACAACACUGAGCUGCUGCCCAUCGAGCUGGACGUGCAGGUUGGAAAAGGGCGCUUUGCAGAAGUUUACAAAGCCAAGCUGAAGCAGGGCUCCUCUGUUAGCGUGGAGCAGGGCUUUGAGACUGUAGCAAUUAAAAUUUUCUCACACGAGGAGUAUCCAUCCUGGAAGAACGAGAAGGACAUUUUCUCAGAUGCGGAUUUGAGGCACGAGAAUGUGCUUCACUUCCUGACAGCAGAGGAGAGGAAGGAGCCGAGACAGUACUGGCUGAUCACAGCUUAUCAUCCACGAGGGAAUCUCCAGGAGUACCUGACUCAUAAUAUUAUCAGCUUGCAUGACCUGUGGCUGCUCGGAGGUUCGCUAUCCCGUGGAGUGGCACACCUUCACAGCGACCGCACCCCCUGCGGUCGCUCCAAGGUGCCUAUCGCGCACAGGGACAUUAAGAGCUCCAACAUACUGGUGAAAAAUGACUUGACCUGCUGCCUGUGUGAUUUUGGCCUUGCGCUUCGGCUGGACAACUCUCUGUCUGUGGAUGAGCUGGCCAACAGUGGGCAGGUGGGCACUGCCAGGUACAUGGCCCCCGAGGUGUUGGAGUCCAGAAUCAACCUAGAAAACAUUGAGUCUUUCAAACAAGCCGAUGUUUAUUCCAUGGCUCUCGUACUGUGGGAGAUCAUCUCAAGGUGUAGUGCAGUCGGAGACGUGAAAGCAUACGAGCCACCGUUUGGAAACCUGAGAGAACACCCGUGUGUAGAGAGCAUGAAGGACAGCGUCCUCAGGGACAGAGGAAGACCUGAGAUCCCCAACAGCUGGACCAACCACUCUGGCAUCCAGAUGUUGUGUGCCUCCAUUGAGGACUGCUGGGACCACGACCCGGAGGCCCGUCUCACCGCCCAUUGUGUUGCUGAGCGCUUCAAUGGCAUGGAGUACCUGGACAAGCUGUCAGAUUGCUCUGACUCAGAGGAGAAAAUCCCUGAAGAAAUCUUUGUAGUGGAUGAAAAGUAAACGCUUAACAGAAACACUGCCCCCUGCAGGGUGACUGAGACAUUUUUAUCGAGCUGCUGAAGGGAAAAGGAAUAUGAGUGGAGGCAUUUGAAAUGUAGAUGAAAGUGAACUGUUUCCAGAGGUGGACUUACAUAUUCUGGAUUAAGUCCUAAACAAAAAGGGCGCUCACAUUAUAAAGCUUUUUUUUUUUUUUUUUGCUUUUUUUUUUUUUUUACCAAAUACUAUUUGCACUUUAUAAACAUCUAUGCACACCAAACUAUAUAUAUGUUGUGUCUUAUUUGUUUUUAAAAUUUCAGGUAUAGGAAAUAAACAGACUGCAAAUGUAUUAAAAAUGGGGCAAGACUGACCAAAUAUUAAGACACUAAGAUCUCCUGCACCUGCCUUGUUUUUCGAAAUGGGCAGGUGGUCUUGGAUCAAAGUCCAAUGAACUGAAUGAAGCAACAUUCAGGGUGCUAAUAGAACCUCUGGCAAGAAGUGGAAAUUAUUCACGGCAAAGAAGUAGAGUGGAAAACAUCCAAAGAACUAAUCUGCAGGGAUAGCUGAUUUCAUAUCUCAAGGACUAUGAAAUGUAAAAUAAAGACGGCAAAAUCAUUCUGAAAGGAGAAAGGAAACUGAGAUAUACAGAGGUAGGUGUGUGUUUGAGAGAGGGGGGCAUUUUACUCAGAGGACUCUAAACUGAAAAAGGAAGUCUGUUUAAUAAGACAAAGGGAAUAAAAGGAAUGCAGAGAUGUAUUAAGGACUCCAAACUGGAACAUCCAGUCACUGUCUAUAUGUUAUAAAAGCUGAAUUUUUUUAUUUUUUAUUUUUUAUUUUUAAUACUGAGAAGGGAAUUCUGAUCUGCUCAGAAAUUAUCUGUAUCAAAGGAAUUUUUGUAUAGAAAUCAUUAUUAAAAACGUUACUAUGCUCUC